CCCGCUUCUCUCUCUCUCUCUCUCUCUCUCUCUCUGUGCCUCUUUAUGCAACAAAGCCACUGAUGGUGAAAGGAUGACUUCUCCCUGGAGCAGAACACUGGCCACAUCCAUCCCCAACGGGAGCAGCUAGAUCAUACUUUUGUUCCUUCCAUCCCUCGUUCCAUCCCUCUCCCACCACCAUGCCGGCCAUAGUGAACCUGCUCUUCAAUACGGUGUCUACCAACACCACCAUCUCCUUCUCCCUGGUGCUGCCUCUGGUCAGCGUCCUCUCCCUCCUGGUGGGGGUCGGAGGUCACCUACUCAUGUGGCUGGUGCUGAUGCGUAACCCUCGGCGACGCUCCAAACCUAGCUCCGUGCUGCUCCUCAACUUGAGCCUGGCUGACAUGGGAGCCCUGCUCACCCUGCCCUGCGUCCUACUCAGCGCCAGCUCCCAGGACUGGCAGCUAGGGGGCGGUAUCUGUGUGCUGCUGGGCUUCAUGACCUCCCUGACGGCUGGAGUGGAUAUAUUUAGUCUGGCCGCCUUGUCGGUGCUCAGGUACCGCAUAGUGGCCCCACCUGCUAGACCGCCCCCCAGUCCCACACAAGUAGCCGGCAUCGUGGCAGUGAUCUGGUUAGUCUCUGUCACCAUGGCCCUUCCCAAGGUCACAUACAUCCAGUUUGACAGUGGCUGUACAUGGUCUGUGGGGCGUGGCCAGUGGCUGGGCUUCCUGGUGCCAGCCUUCCUGGUCUACUACGUGGCUCCGCUCCUCUGCAUUGCCCUCAACUGUGGCCUCAUCAUCACCCAUCUCCACCGCUGCCGGGGUACGCUGGCCGCAGACCGCCGCAACAAGAAGGCUACGGCGCUCCUGAUUGGCUCCACACUGGUCUUCGCCAUCAGCUGGCUGCCCUACUACGCCCUGGAGUUUGUCAAUGUCAUGUCCCCCUACGUCAGCUUCGUUGCCUCGCCUAUCAGUCAGCAAACCUCCUCCUCCCUCAACUCGUCCGCGUCCCUGUCCCCACCCACGGAGGGGGACACGGAGGUGUCUCUCCUCUGGGAGGUGGCGUCCCUGUCGGCCAUAUUGUUGGUGUGUUUGGCGCCCUGCUGGAACCCGCCCCUCUACUUCCUGUUGUCUCGCCCGGCGGUGCGUCAGCUCCGUGCCCUCCUGCCAUCGCUGAGGAAAUGCUUGGGAAGCCUGCGACCACCUAUCACCCCCGCGCCACCACCACGUUUUCCUCACCUCCGCCCUCUUCCUACUUUGUAACUACACACCACACCUUGCCACUCAGGCUGAUCCAGUGAGAUGAACACGCACACACACACGCGCAAUUAUUCAACAGAUUGUGAUUACAUACAAUCAGUGUAUAAAACAUUAGGAACACCUGCUCUUUCCAUGACAUAGACUGACCAGGUGAAUCCAGGUGAAAGCUAUGGU